AGGUGAAGCUGCCUGACGCGCCUUUAGUAUUUGCCGGGGCCUUUGGUGGACCGUUUGGCAUUUUCAUCUUCACACCACUCCGGAAUGCUUUGACGCUGGCGAGCCAGAAUUCCAUUGCAACAGCAGGUGAGCUCUACUUGGAUGUCUUUGCGGGUGGCUUUGCAAGUGGAUGGACCGGAGGAAUGGCCUGCGUUCUACCAAGCAGCCCGCAAUUCAUCGUCAUGGGACCUCUGUUCCAUCUCUUGAAGGAGCUGCUCAAUUCAGCCGUUUUGGCAGUUGUUUGCUGCGCAAUUGCUGAAAGCUGCAUCUCCUACUCGUCGCAGACUUUGAACGCGCAGAUGGCCUUCAAUGCCGACCAAGAACUAGCCGGGUCAAAGGACCAGGUGGAGCUUUGGAACCCUUUUGUGCCAAUUGGACCUGGUUCCUCAGUUCACAUGCUGCGAUCCUUGGCAAAGACUGACCGGAGAGGAAAUUUUGUGGCGCUGAGUGGGCUGAGAGUCUUCUCAAGGCCAUGCCAGGAUGUCCUGGCCAAAGCUGCUAACUUCUUGGGCCUGCAGCUGCCGCAAGGACCACAGGAGUUUUUUGGAGAUUUCAUAGCAUCAAUGGGGGCAGCUAUUCUCAGCGCUCCGUUGAACCAGCUGUACAACUUUUCUGUGACCUCCAAUGAAUUCAUGGGAUCUGGCUUCGUGGAUAAGCUCAUUUUGUCCAGGGCGUAUUUAGUGCAGACCUAUUUGGUUUUCGAUCUCGAGGGCCAUGUGGUAAGUGUUUCGCCAACGCUUUGUCGGGACCUCUUCAUGCGCUGCGCCUACAUUGCAAAUCUCUACGCUUUGUUUGGUCUCAUUGAGCGGCUGGCGGUUGCUUUAUGGCGGCGAUGCCAUAGGUCAAGGCUCAGCAAUUGAUUGCUAUUGCAAGCGGUGAA